AGACGUGUUUAAAUAGGAAGUAUUUGUUUUAGCUUACCUGGCUGUUUUUUUUUUUAAGUAACCGGAGCAUCAUGUGAUAUUUCUCGUGUUUUCGCUACUUUGUUUGUAUCCAACCUGUCCGACCGGAUACGUUUCAUCAGACCUCGCCUUAAAAUGGCAGCUUUAACACUGGUUUCUCUCCUGGUUUUGAUUCAGGUGAUCAACUUCAGCAGUGGCAGAUACGAACCGACCUGGGAGUCCAUUGAUUCCAGACCGCUUCCCGAGUGGUUCGACCAGUCUAAGUUCGGCAUCUUCAUACACUGGGGGGUAUUUUCAGUACCGAGCUUCGGCAGCGAGUGGUUCUGGUUUUACUGGCAGAAACAGAAGCUGAAGCCAUAUGUCGAUUUCAUGCAGAAAAACUAUCCUCCAGACUUCAAGUACCAAGAUUUUGCACCACAGUUUACAGCUGAGUUCUUUGAUGCCAAAGAGUGGACCGACAUCUUUGCUGCAUCUGGGGCAAAGUACAUUGUUUUGACUACAAAACACCAUGAAGGUUUUACACUUUGGGGCUCAAAAAACUCCUGGAACUGGAAUGCCGUAGACGUGGGACCAAAGCGAGACCUGGUGGAUGAAAUGGCGAGUGCUGUGCGUGCCCAGGGGGGCAUUCAUUUAGGGCUGUAUCAUUCUCUGUUUGAGUGGUUUAAUCCGCUCUUUGAGCAGGAUGCUGCCAACCUCUUCAGUACGAACUACUUCCCUACCACUAAGACGCUCCCUGAGCUUUACGAACUUGUUUUGAAGUACAAACCAGAGGUGCUGUGGUCCGAUGGAGAUGGAAAUGCACCCGACAAGUACUGGAACAGCACGGGCUUCCUGGCCUGGCUCUACAAUGACAGUCCAGUACGAGACACUGUGGUGACGAACGAUCGGUGGGGGUACGGUUCCAUUGGCAAGCAUGGUGGAUAUUACACUUGUAGUGACCGCUACCAGCCAGGACACCUGGUCAAGCACAAAUGGGAAAACUGCAUGACCAUUGACCAAAAGUCCUGGGGCUACAGACGUAACGCUCCUCUCGGUGACUACCUCACCAUCGAGAAGCUUGUGGCUACUCUGGUGGAGACCGUGUCCUGUGGAGGCAACCUGCUGAUGAACGUGGGCCCCACGCAUGACGGAAGAAUUGCUCCAAUCUUCGAGGAGCGCCUCAGGCAGAUGGGUCAGUGGCUGAAGGUGAACGGGGGUGCCAUCUACAACACAACGGCAUGGCGGUCUCAGAAGGACAAUGUCACUGAUAAUGUGUGGUACACGUCUAAACCUCAGGAGAAGGCAAUCUUUGCCAUCUUACUGGAGUGGCCAGACGAUGGAUCAGUGAUUCUGAAUGAACCGGUGGUUACAAAGGGACAGACUCAGGUGGAGCUUCUCGGUCACGGCGCUCUGCAGUGGGAGCCUGCGAAGCCCUGCGGACUUCGGGUUGUUCUGCCUCAGCUGUCCUUCAAACAGAUGCCGUGCCAGUGGGCCUGGACUCUGAAACUGACCGGUGCCUCCUGAAGGAAAACGACUUCACUUGAACAGAAGCUGCCAGUGCAGCUGGCCAGAAGAGACUUUUGCUCUCUGGCUUGAAUGACUACAUUUAAUCUGUUUUUAAAUAGAAAUCCAGUUUUGAAAAUUACACUUUCUGGAUUUUCAGCAAGUUGAACGUUUGACAAUAUGCUUAGUUAAUUAUCUUUAAAAAAAAUCUCAUGCUGGAAAUGAAAUAUAAACAUCACAGAUUUGUACAAAUUUCUGCACUUGUUAACAAAUUUGUUAACGAAGAAGUUAAUUUUCUUUUUAAUAAAAUAUUCUGCACUAUUUGUUUAUGGGGUCACUUGUUCUGGUCAAUCUCCUUUUUCUAGGUGAAUCAUUAAAUUAAUAAAUCUCUGAUGGAAAUGGG